UGAUCGCUGAGCUCCGGGACCGGCCAGCGGGGCCUGCCCAGCCCCGGCGGGGCGGAACGGCUCGGUACGGCUCGGCGGGGCAUGGGCCGGCCCCCCGCGGCCGCCGCCUGAGGGGAUGGAGCAGCGGGCGCUGUGUGCGGGGCUCUACUGGCUGCUGCUGCCGCUCGCCCUGCUCGCCGCCUGCAUCUUCCGCUUCAAUGUCCUCUCCUUGGUCUACCUGCUCUUCCUCCUGCUCCUGCCCUGGUUCCCGGGGCCCACCCCGUGCCCUGGUGGAGGUCACGCAGGCCGCCUCCUCAGAGCUCUGCUGGGGAUCAGCAUCCUCUUCCUCCUUGCCCACUUCGUUUUCCAAAUAUGCCUGUACACGCUGCCUGUCCUGGACCGGCUGCUGGGCCCCAGCUGCAGCAGCGGGGAGGUCCUUGCCCGGCACAUCGGGGUCACCAGGCUGGACUUGAGAGACCUCCCCAACUCGGUGCGUCUCGUGGCCCCCGAUGUCGGCAUCCUGCUGGUCUCAUCCCUCUGCCUGUGCCUGUGCCGUCGCCUCGUCCCCAAGGCCAGCACUACCCUCCAUGGCCAAAGGCCAGAGUCCCUGGAGCCACUUGAGCAGGGGGAAGAGGAGGACGUGGAGCAGCACAGUGGCAUGGCCAGUGGGGACACACCAUUCAGCACCAGGCUGUGGGUGACGGCUCACUGGCUGCUCUGGGUGGCUGGGAAGGGCCUGGCCAUCCUGCUCCUGGCUUUGGCUGGGAUCAUCCUGCCCUCCGCCUCCUCCAGCGUCUACUACCUGCUCUUCCUGGGGCUGUGCAUGUGGUGGGCCUGCCACCUCCCCACCAGCCGCUGGGCCUUUGAUGCCUCCUGUGUCCUCAUUGGCAUCUACGCCGCCAGCCACCUCUUCUGCAUCUAUGCCUACCAGACACCCUUCGUGCAGGGGGUCUUCCCGCCCUCCACCCUCUGGGCACGGUUGUUUGGCUUCAAGGACAUCAUCUCGUACCACAACUGCUCCCGGCCCAACGCCAUGGAGGUCAACACCCACCACUUCUGGUCUGUCUAUGCCAACCCAGGCAUCCUGCUCCUGUUGUACUACACCGUGAUCACCCUGGUGAAGCUGCACCGGCUGGAUGCCAGGAGAACCAAGGCACUGGCACGGUCACGGGCAAGGUGCCCAGAGAGGGAACUGGUGGAGCUGGAGAGCUGGCCCAAGGACACUGACGGUGUGACUGAAGACACCAAGCCCAUGCUGUCCUUCAGCACCGGGAAGCCGGGUGGCAGCACCGAGAACUGCACCAUCCACUUCGUGGGCAGCUCUCCCCAGCCGGGUCGACCCGACCACUCCACCCCCUCCUCUCCAAGCUGGAGGGGCGCUGCCCGGCCCCGCUCCCCAUGGCCAGGAGGGAAGCGUCCAGCAGAGCGACUGCCCCUGCACACCCUGAGCAGAGUCAUCAUGAGGCAGAGCCACGUCUGCGCCCUCAUCGCCAUGAUGGUGUGGAGCAUCACCUACCACAGCUGGUUGGCCUUCGUGUUGCUGAUCUGGGCUUGCCUCAUCUGGACGGUGCGGAGCCAGCAGCAAUUUGCCAUGGUCUGCUCGCCCUUCCUCCUCCUCUACAGCAUCACCCUCGGCUGCCUGCAGUACGUCUGGGCCAUGGACGUGAUCCCCGAGCUGCCCACCCACCUCGGCUUCAUGAGCCUCCGUCAGCUGGGGCUGGUCCACCCUGCCUAUCCCUAUGUGGACCUGGGGGCCCAGCUCCUCCUCACCCUCACCUUCUUCCUGCUGCUGCGUCAGUCUGUUAAGGAGAAGCUGCUAAGGAGGAUGAGCCAGACCACCUCGCUCCUGGAGGUGACUGUCUCGGAUUUAGACCUCAGCCAGCAGCGGGACAUCCUGAGGGCCCUGAUGGGGCUGGUGAGGGAUUUCUACGCCAAAUACUGGAUCUGUGUCUGCGCCGGCAUGUUCAUCAUGGUCAGCUUUGCUGGGCGCCUGGUUGUCUACAAGAUCGUCUACAUGUUCCUCUUCCUCCUCUGCCUCACCCUAUUCCAGCUGUACUACAGCCUGUGGCGCAAGGUGCUGAAGGGCUUCUGGUGGCUGGUGGUGGCUUACACGAUGCUGGUCCUCAUUGCCAUCUACACCUUCCAGUUCGAGGACUUCCCCACCUACUGGAAGAACCUGACUGGCCUCACCGAUGAGCAGUUGGGUGAUCUGGGCCUGGAGCAGUACAGCGUCACCGAGCUCUUCUCCAGCACCCUGAUCCCAGGCUUUUUCCUCCUCGCCUGCAUCCUCCAGCUCCAUUUCUUCCACCGUCCUUUCAUGCACCUCACCGACCUGGAGCGCAUCCCUGCCACCACCCCGCCACGUUGCCACAUCCCCAGGCCUGAGGAGCUGCACGGGAGCCGGCUGCUGCGGGACGCGGCCGCAGCCGAGGGCGCCGGGAGGAGUGACUGUGACACUGCCUCACAGGUGCCCACCAAAUGGGGACUGGUGCUGGAGCGCCUGAUCGUGCUGGGAUGGACCUUCUCAGACAUGCUGACCCGUGGGCAGGUCUUUGUGAGGCGUCUGUUGGAGCUCCACGUCCUCAAGCUGGUGGCUAUCUACACUGUCUGGGUGGCCCUGCAGGAGGUGUCCGUGAUGAACUUCCUGCUGGUGCUGCUGUGGGCCUUUGCCAUGCCCUACUGCCGCUUCCGCCACAUGGCCUCCUGCCUCUCCACUGUCUGGACUUGCAUCAUCAUCGUCUGCAAGAUGCUCUACCAGCUGAAGAUUGUUAACCCCAGCGACUACUCCAGCAACUGCACCCAGUCCCAACGCAACAGCACCAACCUGUCCCCGGAGGAACUGGUCAACUCCACCCUGUACCGCGGCCCCGUGGACCCUGCUGCCUGGUUUGGCAUCCACAAGGGCUACUCCAACCUGGGCUACAUCCAUAAACACCUCCUGGUGCUGCUGGUGCUGGUGUUCGAGGCGGUGGUGUACCGGCGCCAGCAGUACCACCGCAAGCAGCACCAGCUGGUGACCCCCGUCACCGAGACCAUCUUUGAGAACAUCUCCCGUCAGCACCUUGACGACAGCCUGGGCAGCUGUGCCAAGUACUUCCUCAACUACUUCUACUACAAGUUUGGCUUGGAGAUCUGCUUACUGAUGAUAGUGAAUGUGAUCGGGCAGCGGAUGAACUUCCCGGCCAUCCUGCACGGCUGCUGGCUGGUGGUCAUCCUGACGCGGCGCCGGCGGGCGGCCAUCGCCCGCCUCUGGCCCAAGUACUGCUUCUUCCUUGUCAUCUUCCUCCUCUACCAGUACCUGCUGUGCCUGGGCAUGCCGCCCGCCCUCUGCGUGGACUACCCUUGGCGCUGGAGCCAGACCCUCCCCAUCAACUCGGCGCUCAUCAAGUGGCUCUACCUGCCCGACUUCUUCGUGGUCCCGAAUUCCACCAACCUCAUCAGGGGUGCCCUGAGCCAUGUCCCUGCAGAUGACUUCUUGCUGCUGCUCUGCGUGGCGCAGCAGUGGCGGGUGUUCGAGGCCGAGCGCACCGAGGCCUGGCUGCGGGCGGCCGGUGAGAACAGCGACCGGCUGGACCUGGAGCGGGACCCCCACAACCUCGUGCCCAACUUCAUCCACUGCCGGUCCUACCUGGACAUGGCGAAGGUGGUGGUCUUCCGCUACCUCUUCUGGCUUGUCCUGGUGGUGGUCUUCAUCACCGGGGCCACCCGCACCAGCCUCUUCGGCCUGGGCUACCUGCUGGCCUGCUUCUACCUCCUCCUCUUCGGCACCGCCAUGCUGCGCAGGCCGGCGCAGGCUCGCCUGGUGCUCUGGGACUGCCUCAUCCUCUACAACAUCACCGUCAUCAUCUCCAAAAACAUGCUGUCGCUCCUCUCCUGCGUCUUUGUGCAGCAGAUGCAGGACAACUUCUGCUGGGUGAUCCAGCUCUUCAGCCUGGUCUGCACUGUCAAGGGCUACUACAACCCCAUUGAGAUGGGCAGGGACCACGACUGCUCGCUGCCCGUGGAGGAGGCAGGGAUCAUCUGGGACAGCAUCUGCUUCUUCUUCCUCCUGCUCCAGCGCCGCAUCUUCCUCAGCUCUUAUUUUGUGCAUGUCAUGUUCGACCUCCGGGCCUCCUCCCUGCAGGCCUCCAGGGGUGUCGCACUGUUCAAGGCCAGUGCCCUGAAGAACAUGCGCACCCACCGGCAAGCCGAGAAGAAGUCACUGGCCCAGCUGAAGCGGCAGAUGAAGAGGAUCCGAACCAAGCAGUGGAAGUACCACCAGGGGUGGUUGCCCAGCACCUCCCUCCAGGGGCAGCAGGAGGCCAGGCAAGUGUUCCACAGCCCAGCAGACCCUUCCUGGCAGAGGGAGCGGUGGUGGCGGCCCUGGUUAGAUCACGCUGCAGUGCUGCAUUCGGGGGAAUAUUUCCUCUUUGAGUCAGACAGCGAGGAGGAGGAGGAGGUAGUGGCGCCGGAGGAGCAGCAGCUGGGCAGGCAGAGCGCCUUCCAGCUCGCCUACCAGGCCUGGGUGACCAACACCAGGACGGCGCUGCGGCGGCAGCAGCAGGAGCGGCCAGGAUCGCCUGGUGCUGAGUUUGCUGAAGAUGUCCAUGGAGUGACGGAGGAGGAGGCACCUGAAGAAGGCCAAGAGGAAGAGGAAAGCUCUGCAGCUCGGAGCAACGUGGUGCAGCGGGUGCUGAACACGCUGCGGUUCCUGUGGGUGCUGUGCCAGGCCAUGGUGGACGGGCUGACCCAGUGGCUGGAUGCCUGCACCCGGGAACACGCCAACAUGUCCAACGUCCUGCGCGUGGAGAGAUACAUGCUGGCCCGCCGGCUGGCCACGGGAGAGGACAUGAACCGUGGGCUCCUGGAUGACCUCUACCUGCCACCGCCAGAGGAGCCCCCUGAGGAGGAGAACGUGGAGGAGCCCGGGGAUGCAGACCCCCAAAACGGCAUCGCUUCCAGCACCCUGACAGACCACCCGCUGCCCACCAGCAGCCAGGAGCAGGUGACAAGCUGGAGUUCCCAGGAGGACGUGGCUGGGUCUCAGGAGCUCCUGACCCUGCCUGGGAACCGCAGGCGGACGGCCAGUGAGCUCCUCCUGAGCAGGCAGCUGUUCAUCCCCGAGCUGGAAAUGUCAGAGCAGUUUUAUCGGUCCCACAACCGGUUCCUGAAGCUGCUGCUGGCCGGGUACCGCUGCGUGGCCGCCCACUCCGAGCUGCUCUGCUACUUCAUCAUCAUCCUCAACAACGUGGUGACCGCCUCCAUCAUCUCCCUCUUCCUCCCCAUCCUCGUCUUCCUCUGGGCCAUGCUCUCCAUCCCCCGGCCCAGCAAGCGCUUCUGGAUGAUUGCUAUCAUCUUCACCGAGGUGAUGGUGGUGGUGAAAUACCUCUUCCAGUUUGGGUUCUUUCCCUGGAAUGACUACGGCACGCUAGUGCGUGCUGAGGGCAAGCCCUUCUUCCCGCCCCGCAUCCUGGGAUUGGAGAAGACCGACCGCUACCUCAAGUAUGACCUUGUCCAGCUCCUGGUGCUCUUCUUCCAUCGCUCCCUACUGCUGUCCUAUGGACUAUGGGACCACGAGGAGACCUUCUCCAAGAAGAAGGCAGAGGCGGAGCAGGCAGAGGACGAGGAAGAGGAGGAGAAGUGGGAGGAAGCAAUGUCUGUGCCACUGGCAAUGGGUGAGGAAAGGACAGAGGUGCUGCCAGAGCCGAGGGCACCAGAAGCAGCAGUGGAGAUGGAGCCAGAGAGUGUGGGGCAGGAGGAGGGGGCUGGGGCCACCCAGCUCCGCUUCAGGACGAGGAGGAGGUGGGGGAAGAAACAGCCAGAGGUGGCUCCAGAGGAAGGGGAUGGGGAGAAGGAGGAGGAGGAAAAGGAGGAAGAGGUGGAAACAGAACAGAGCCACGUUCAGAGGAAGCUGAAGGUGUUUGAGCUGCGCGUCAGGCACUUCUUCCGCACCAUGGUGCAGAACACGUACCAGCCGGUGCGCGGGUUCUUCUGGGACAUCCUGCACACCCGGCACCGGGCGGCCACCGACGUCUACGCCUUCAUGUUCCUGGCUGAUGUGGUUGACUUCAUCAUCAUCAUCUUCGGCUUCUGGGCCUUUGGGAAACACUCGGCAGCCACCGACAUCACCUCCUCGCUCUCGGAUGACCAAGUGCCAGAGGCCUUCCUGGUCAUGCUGCUCAUCCAGUUCACCACCAUGGUCAUAGACCGUGCGCUCUACCUCCGCAAGACUGUGCUGGGCAAGCUCAUCUUCCAGGUCAUCCUUGUCUUCAGCAUCCACCUCUGGAUGUUCUUCAUUCUGCCGGCCGUCACUGAAAGGCUGUUCAACCUCAACACGGUGGCCCAGCUGUGGUACUUCGUGAAGUGCAUCUACUUCUCACUGUCAGCCUACCAGAUCCGCUGUGGCUACCCCACCUGCAUCCUGGGCAACUUCCUCACCAAGAAAUACAACCACCUCAACCUCUUCCUCUUCCAAGGGUUUCGUCUUGUGCCCUUCCUGGUGGAGCUGCGGGCUGUCAUGGACUGGGUCUGGACGGACACCACGCUGUCCCUCUCUAACUGGAUGUGUGUGGAGGACAUCUAUGCCAACGUUUUCAUCAUCAAGUGCAGCCGUGAGACAGAGAAGAAAUACCCUCAGCCCAAGGGGCAGAAAAAGAAGAAGAUUGUGAAGUAUGGCAUGGGGGGCCUCAUCAUCCUCUUCCUCGUGGCCAUCAUCUGGUUCCCACUGCUCUUCAUGUCGCUGGUGCGCUCCGUGGUGGGCGUUGUGAACCACCCCAUCGACGUCACUGUCGCCCUCAAGCUGGGGGGAUAUGAGCCACUGUUCACCAUGAGUGCCCAGCAACCAUCCAUCCAGCCCUUCACCCCCCAGGACUACGAAGACCUCACCGAGAAGUUUGAAAGGCAGCCGGUGGCCAUGCAGUUCAUCACGCUGUACGGCUACGAGGACAUCGUGACCGCGCGCAUCGAGGGCAGCUCGGGCGCCCUCUGGAGCAUCAGCCCCCCCAGCCGGGAGCAGAUGCAGCGGGAGCUGCUGAACGGCUCCUCCGACAUCACCCUCCGCUUCACCUGGACCUUACAGAGGGACCUGGGCAAGGGGGGGACAGUGGAGAACACCUUCAGCAAGCACAGCACCAACCUGGAGCCCGGCGCACCACAACGCAUGGAGCUGGCCCAGCUGCUCCAGGGCACCCGUGACGCCCCUGUGCAAGUGCCCAAACUCUUCCCCAAAUACAUCCGGGCACCCAACAACCCUGAAGCUGACCCUGUCAAGCAGCUGCUGCCAGAGGGCGAGGACAGCUACCUGGACGUGGAGGUGCAGCUGAAACGGGAGCGGGCGAGCGCCGACAGGUUCUUGGAGUGGUGGGUGGUGCGGCUGAAGGACGCGCCCCCCCACGAUGGCAACAUCCUCCCCAUGGUCAUCUUCAACGACAAAGUCAGCCCCCCCAGCCUGGGCUUCUUGGCUGGCUACGGGAUCAUGGGGCUGUACGUCUCCAUCGUGCUGGUGAUCGGGAAGUUCGUGCGGGGUUUCUUCAGCGAGAUCUCGCACUCCAUCAUGUUCGAGGAGCUGCCCUGCGUGGAUCGCAUCCUGAAGCUGUGCCAGGACAUCUUCCUGGUGCGGGAGACGGGCGAGCUGGAGCUGGAGGAAGAGCUCUACGCCAAGCUCAUCUUCCUCUACCGCUCCCCCGAGACCAUGAUCAAGUGGACGCGGGAGAAGGAGUAAGGGGCUCCGGGCCCACCCCCCCCCAUCCUGGGGACAUCACCACCAAUGCCUUAACCAGCCCCCUCCCCUCCCACCCCAAAAGCUGGGGCCACAUCCUGCCAGGGGAGGCAGUGGGUGCUCAGCACUCGCUUUGAGGAAGGAUGUUUUUUUUUUUUUUCUCUUAAUGUUGCUUCGAAGCCGUCUGCCUUGCAGAGACCACCUUGUGCCUUCCUGGGGUGAGGGGGUGGGGAGCAGAAGCUGCCUCCCCGCCCCCCACCACCACCUGCUGGGCACCCCUGGCUGGCAGGUAGAGGUGGGGGGUCAGGAGCUGUUCUGUGCCCCCCUCCCUGCUCUCCCCAGCCCUGUUCCAGAACCAGGUUGAACUCAAAAGCAAUAGCCCCUCAGCCCCAGGAUGGGGGGCCCUGGGUCCUGGCCCCUUCCUGCCAAGCUUGGGGGGGGCUGGCAGCCCCAGCUGGACUCUAGACACUUGUGACUUUGGUUUUGUUGUUCUGGGGUUUUUUUUUGUUGUUGUUUUUAUUUUGGUUUUUUUUGUUUUUUUUUUUAAUUGUUAAUGCAAAUGUUUUAUUUAUACAGAUACCUAAUAAAACCAAGUUGAGGCC